UAUAGUUUUAUAGUCCGUGGUUUCUUCAAAAAUGGGUUACCUUAUUAAUAUGAGUGAUUGUGGACUGGGUUAUCAAACAUACGAAAUGUUUCCUGCAGCGUGUACGAUUACAGGCGUUAGUUAAAGCAUUAGUAAUGCGCAAGUCACUUGAUAAGUAUGCGAUUUGCGACUUGUAUUAUCUCUGUGUCCUUGCAUCGUAGCUGGACAAUUAUCACGAUAAGUAGGACGGUUUUGACAAGGAAACUUGGUUAGUUGAACUGUUGCGGAAAAUAUAAGGGUACCCUGUUUUUGUAGUCACUAAUAAUAGGACGUUCUUCAAAGAUGAAUGAUGCAUGAAACAGGCUUUUGACGAACGUGAAAGUGGUUAAAGUAUAAAUUAAAAAAUGAGCUGGUUACGGAAUAGCCCGCUGAGGACUAGUUUCAGCAAGCAACGAUCGAGAGACUCUCCGCCAAAAGACGCAGAUCCGUCGGCCUGCUAUGACAGUUUCUGUAAACAUUGGCAGCAAGCUUAUGAAAUCAUUUUGUACACAUCUCCACCUAAGGGAAUACCUACACAGGAUGAUGUUCUUGGAGUUGUCAAUCACAUAGAUCAUAUGGUAACUCUUUUAAUAUUGGAGUUACGAGAUUCUCGGACUUUCAACAAUUAUCGGCAAUCACCAGCAGCAACUCACUCUCCUUGUUUGGAGUAUUUGUUAAGUGAAAACCUCCUUGUCAAGCUGUACGACUGGAGCAUACAUACCGGAAGAUUUAACAAUGCUGUACGGUUGGAGCAAUUAAAACUUUAUGAACUUUUAGUAUCACAUAGUAGUAUUCUUCUUGCCCAUGAACCAAUUGCCAGACCAUUGUUACGAUUGCUCGAAGAUUGUGCAAAUGAUAUAAUGCCAUUAGAAGUAGAAAAAAAAUUGGUAGUGUUAUUAAAUCAAUUAUGCGUAACUUUAAUGCAGAACAUGGCAUUACUUGAUUUAUUUUUUCAUCCAACAGCAGUAGGAAAAAACAAAUUUAUUAUCUUUACAUUAUUAAUACCACAUGUACAUAGAGAAGGUGGUGUAGGACAGCAAGCACGUGAUGCCAUGUUACUCUGCAUGUCUCUUUCCAAGAAAAAUGAUGAAGUUGGAGUAUAUAUUGCAGAUCAUUCUAAUAUAUGUCCUGUGUUAGCAACAGGUUUGAGUGGACUGUAUUCACUACUGCCUAGAAAGUUAGAUAUUGAGACAAAUGAUUGGCAUAGAUUGACACCAGAUGAUGUUAAUGAUUUACCAGCAUUAAUGCAUCUAAUGAAUUCUUUGGAGUUUUGUAAUGCUGUUGCACAAGUAGCACAUCCUUUGGUCCAAAAACACUUGUUAGAAUUUUUAUACCAUGGUUUUCUGGUACCUGUAAUGGGACCAGCUUUGUUACAGGAUUCUCUUGGUUUGACCAUAGACCAACUAGAUGCACAAGAACACUGGACUACUGUGGAUGAAUUAGUUGCAGCGACAGCUUAUUUUGAUUUAUUUCUUCGAUCUGUAACAGAACCUGGUCUUUUACGUUCGCUUGUCCGAUUUUUACUAGAAGAUAAUUACGAUGAGUGCAGAAUUCUGGAUAGUCUUAUUCAAAGGAUAUCAUCGAGAUCGAGGUUAUGCAUAGUUACCCUGGCACUAUUUGAAACUUUGGUGAACUUAAAUUGCGAAGAUGUUAUGUUGGAACUAUGUUUAGCUGCAUUGAGUCCUUGUUCUCAUGUAAUGCUUUCUCAGCGUAGAAGGUUAAGAGACAUAGAUCCGUUUGGACGUGCUGCUGAGAAGUUUUUGUCAUUAACUCCAUCUUGCUGUUCACCGCUCGCAUCUGUAAAUUCUCAAUUCAAUUCUUUACCUAACAGUACAACUCAGGAAAAUAAUGCAAGUGCUACAUCUGAAUCUUUUAAAUCGUUGUCUGCAUCUAUAAACUAUGGUGCAAGGAUAUCGGAUAGUUUGUAUGGAAAUUAUCAUGCAUAUCUGUGCGACGCUAGACAAAAAAUAAGAGCUUGUCGUGUCGCAUGCUCCAAUUGGUCAUAUCAAUAUAACGGAGAGCUGCCAAAGCAAAGCACUACCGGAAGCGAGACAACGUUGACAGACAAUACUAUGUUAGCGGAGUAUUCACAGAAUAAAGUCGAAGUGGUGAAAACUUUAUCGUUAGAAAAAUUAAAGGAAUCAGCAAUUUCAAGUAGCGUCAUCGAAAACUCUUCAAUAGACAAUAUAUUAAUUAAUAUUCAAUCGUUACUAGAUGGAAAAGAUUUGAACAUGAAAGAAGAGGAAGAAGAAGAAGAAGAAAGAAUUGAGACAGAAGCAGUAGGUAUAGAAUUAUCAUUAGAAGAACAAGCGAAAUUGGACGCAGACAUUGCUGAACUGUUAAACGAAGACUUUGGAAUCUUAGAUUCUAUUAAGGAGAUUUCAUUGACGGAUAAAAAGGAACCCGACAGUGGCAUUGACGAUUCUAAUACCGCAAUGAACUCUUUUUUAUCGUUAGGAGAAAGUAGUGGAUACGAAAGUUUCGCAUUUAAAGGUUCGUCCGAGUCAACUCCGGACAAUGAACCUAGUGAAGAUCGAAUGAGUGAACAGGACAAAAUAGAAAUCGAAUUGAAUAAAGAAGGUGGCAUUCCUUCUUUGCAUAAUGUUACGGAUUCUGGUUCUAUAGUAUCGGGAGAAUUAACAGCGACUAAGCAAAGUAAAGAUACCUGUCGCCAGGAUGUAUUUAAUGGACAGCCUAAUGUCGGUAUAUUUUUGGAUGUUCUUCUAAGGAAGCUAGAGUGUAUGACAAGUAAUAAUUUAUAUGUUAAUUUACAUUUAACUGGUCUUAUCAGUAGACUGGCGAUAUAUCCACAACCUUUGUUGCAAUCAUUUCUUCUAAACCAUUCUCUGGUGUUUCAACCCAGUAUUAGGUCGCUUUUUCAGGUACUUGCCUCAUUAAAGCAUAAGAUAGAUCAGUUUCUCUCUCAACAUAACAAUGUAGAUGUAUUAGUAGAACAAGCACGAUUAUUUCUGAUUAGUCGUGAAGAUAAGUUAGUGAAUGCCAGAAAAAAUGCGUUAGAGGCUGCCGCUUACUCUGCACCUGUUAAAAGAAAUUCUUUGAGUGUAGAGCCAUUUUCGAGAGGCGAAAGUAAGAGAUGGAGUUUUACAUCGUCUUUUACACAAAUGCUUAGAAGAACAAGUGUUAAUUCCGGUCCUAGUAGUUUAGUCAGUGCUACUACCAAUCAGCCAACCGGUGCAUUGGAAGAUCAGUUAGAAGCUAUUGGACAUGGUUCCGGAUAUCGAUUUUACACGAAAACUUCCUGGGAGUCGCCAAAUGAAGUAAGUCCAGUACAAAAUGUGGUGUUAUGUGCAGUUAUAUUAGACGAAUGGCUAAAAGAAUUAGCUGCUAUUACACAGGAACAUGCCAUUAUGUCCUUUACACAUAGCUUGGAAUCUAAAGUGUAAUAUAUAAGGUGAUCAUGUUUAUAAAUUAAACUUUAGUCGACAAUAGGAAAAUGAUAUUCGAAACACUUUCCCUUUUCACAGGGUUUUCAUAAGUAAAUAUGUGAUAUAUUGUUAGAUUCGUAAAUUAUAAGUUCACAUUCUAUCGUUUAGAAUGCUUUUACCUGGAGUUAUUGUUCAAUGAAAUGUAAAAAUAGUAUACAGAAUGUUACUGUAGA